AUGGAGAGCAUACGAGCAGUCGUCUACCUGUCUGUCUGUCUGACUGUGAUGACAUCAGUUUGUCAGGGUCAAAGGUCAUCUGAAAAUCAGCUGCAGUCUGUGCCGGAUGAUCCGAUCAUCGGACUGUCCACCAGCGAACUGGCUGAAGCUCUGCAGGGUCUGCUGGACGAGGCCGACAGCAGAGUGGCUCUGUCUGUGGAGAAGAAAGCCAGCGUCAUCCCACGGUGUGACGUGGGUGAGCGCUGUGCGAUGAAGCACGGACCUCGCAUCGGGCGACUCUGUGACUGUCUGAGAGGAACGGCCUGCAACACUUUCUUCCUGCGCUGCUACUGA